UGUAAAAAAAGAAAGUAGAGAACACGAGUUGUUGUUGACGUGAUUGUGUUUAUUUGAAUAUUUUACAGGGAUGAGAAGAAUUUUUUUUUGACAGGAUGGAGAUUACACAAAGUAUUUAGGAUCUAAACGCAAUUAGAUGGAACCGUAGAGUGAGAUUUGUGGAUAGGAAGAUAUAGGCUUGAUGAUGUAUUACAGAACAGUCUCGUGAAAUUAUCUUCCUCGUUGGUGAUGAAAUUUCUUCUAAGGUUAUCAAGAAAUUGACCAUGGAGUACAUAGUAAUGCUACAAACUCUCCUGUUCACUCUCCUAAAUGUUUCGACUACGCUUGCAUGUCAAAGAUUUCAACAAAUUUCUCUGCAACCUUACACGGGGGAAAAUGUGGCAUAUCCGGAGAACUACCCGCAGAAGAAGGGAUAUAAAGCAAAUGUAACUUGUUCCUGGAAUAUUACCACAAUACGAGGGUUUGAAAUUAUAGUUUAUCCCCGAUGGAACUGCAACUCGGAUACAUCAUUUAAUCUAUAUCAUGGUCUAACUACCUCAGCGAAGAAAAAUGAAAUGGUUGGUUGUCCCCACGGAGAGAGCUAUGGAAUAAUGCAAACAAGAACAUCUGCAGUUCUUCUGACUUUGUCAACAUUGUCUUCGUUUAAUAGAGGUUUCAGUUUUCGUUUCAUGGCUGUGGAAAGCAACAAAGAUGAAAACUGUGACCCUAAUGGUAUAAAGUUGCUGGCAGAUAAACAGCCUAAUUUUAUUGUGUCUCCUGGGUUCCCAGCUGAGUAUCCAAGUAAUUUGAACUGUGUUUGGAUGGUGGAGCCCGAAAUCAGAGAUAGAAACACACAUCUGGUGUUUCAGUUCCGCUCUGUGUAUUUGGAGAGAGGUUAUGAUACAUGUGCAGAUUACGUCCAGAUAGAUGGCUUAGAUAAAUUUUGUGAUGACGUUGAAAAUCAGAUCUUACAGUCUUCUCCUAAAAUACCACUGAAUAAGACCUCAACAAAAGUAAGUUUCAUCAGUGACAUCGGCUUUGCUGGAAGUGGAUUUGUUCUGGCUUUUUACAUUGAAGACAAUGUGCAGUCAUGUUCCUGUCAAAAUGGAGGAACUUGCAUGAAUUCAACAUGUAUUUGUUUACGUGGUUAUGAGGGCAGAAACUGUGAGGAUGAAACGUUGAAGCUGCUUUCAUUUGAAAUUAGCCAUCCAGUACUGCGUGAGGAAAAGCCAGUGUGGUUUAAAAUGGAAUUAAUGGACAACUUUAAUCACAGUCACAGUGUUCAGUGGUUCCGAAAUGGACUUAAGAUAUCUAAUGCCUCUAUGAGAUAUAUAAUGUCAUCUUCACGAACAGCAAAUGGAACUUAUCGUUAUAUGAUUUAUAUCCCACGUGUUUUAAAACAGGAUAGAGGAGUUUGGGAGGUUACUGUAUCUAACGAAGUGACAACUGCAACCAGGAGUGUCAGUCUUCAAGUUCUUCCAAAACUUUUGCUGAAGAUGUCUCCACAAUACGACUUCUACGUAACCAGCGGAGAGGAUAUAAAUCUACAUUGUCGUGUCAUAAAUCCUGAAUCUUUGAAUGAUUUAAAAAAUGGAAGUUUAAUCUGGCAAAAAGAUGGAAGAAAAAUUUUAUCUCUGACAGAUUCUGUAUUCAAUAUAAGCAGAAGUAACACGUAUACAACAUUGUAUAGACCAUCCGCAUCACUGACUGAUUCUGGAAAUUUCUCGUGUUUCCACUCUGCUUACCCUGAUCCAGUUAGUGUGUCUGUUUAUAUAAAUGUUAUCAAACCAGAACAGCUGAGAUGUCCAACAGAAAAUUUUGAAGGAAUAACAUGGAAUACAACAGUUGCAGGGAUGACUCAUAAGAAGUCAUGUCCAAAAAAUCAAAAAGGAACUGCAACUAGAUAUUGUGACACACAGGGAAUAUGGAAAACUCCUAACUUUAUCAAUUGUACAAGUGAAGGUUUUGUAAAUGCGUCUAAAGAGUUGGAUUCGUUACUAGAAGACGGCCUUGAUAGUUUGGGAAAAGUAGGAGAAACAGUGAACAACACUUUAGUGAAAAUGAAGAACCUGACAUCAAAGAGUAAUGCGCUGAGUGCCGGGGAUAUCAGCUCCUCUCUUGACAUCCUAGAGAAGAUUGUUGACGUCACAAAUCUGACGAGUGCAAAUAUUAAGAAAGAGGUAUUUUUUGAGAUCGUCGACAAUGUUCUAUCUACCAACAAUUCGGACUCCUGGACGACAAUUCAAAAAAAGACGGAGAAAGAUGCUAGCGCACUGUUAAAGAAUAUUGACAGAUUGAGUGAAGUUAUCAUGAAAAACAACAAUGUAACAGCAACUAAGUUUACUGGUUUAAACUUAGAGGUAACUGUUGACCAAACGAACGUAGAAGAAUCGGGAAUAAUUUUUCCGGACAUAUCCUCCAAUAAAAGUGCUGAAGUUGUUGAUGAAUAUGCAACAUUUCUUGAAUUGCCCAAGCAAACGAACAAAUCAAAGAAAGCUAUUACCUAUGUGGCCGUCAUAUACAAGACAAUUACAGACAUUUUACCCACAGAUUCAGGAGGAAAAGAUACAGCGAGCGAUGGAGAAAUCGUUAACUCAGAGAUUCUCUCACUGACCACGCAGACGGAUCUCGGGAUUUUGUUUCCUCCUCUAAAUCUGACUUUUCAGCAUAAACACAAGAAUAAAAGUAUCCAUCUUCAAGCUCUUUGUGUUUCGUGGGACUUUACAUCAAACAAAUGGUCAGAAGAAGGCUGCAAAAUAAAUUCCACCAGCAAUAAAAGGACAGUUUGCCAGUGUAACCAUCUAACUAACUUUGCCAUUCUGAUGAGACCCUAUUCGUCAGAAAGUGAAGACAGUGCUUCUUUGAAGUCUAUAUCCUUCAUUGGUGUUAUUGUGUCUAUUGUUUUCACGAUGUUAACGUUCAUCAUCUACAUCGUGGCAUGGAAACAUAUAAAGAAUGACCAAAAUAUUAUGAUGCUAAAUCUCUGUGGAUCGUUGGUUGUAUCCUACAUUGUCUUUAUUUCUGCUGUUGAAGAAACAAGCAAUGAGAGCUUGUGCAUCGCAAUAACCGCUGUCAUCCAUUAUCUUUUCCUGGUGACCUUUUUCUGUAUGAUGGGGAUUGGUAUCUACUAUUUCAUGAGUAUCACAGUGACCUAUUAUGCAUUGCGUGUGGCAAACAAUUUCAAGUCUAUAUCUAGAGUGCGUUGGUUUCUUUUAGGAGGAUGGGGUAUUCCGUUAGUAAUUGCUGGAGUAACUUUGGGAGCUUUUCGGGGAACGGGUUACCAUCUUAAAAACUACUGCUGGCUCUCAAUGGAAAGUGGUUCUCUUUAUCUGUUUAUUAUUCCAGUUUGCCUAAUUGCUGUGAUAAACAUCAUUAUUAUUGUAUCCUUAAUACGAGUAUUGUUGGCCACAUCUACAAUGGCAAACUCGUCACUCUACAAAAAGGCUGCAUCUGGAUUGCGAUCUCUGGGUACACUUGUUCCGGUAUUAGGCGUUACCUGGAUAUUUGGAGUUUUAGCUGUUAACGAUAGGGCUGAAAUAUUUCAGUACAUUUUCAUCAUAGCCAAUUCCUUACAGGGAUUAUUCAUAUUUAUUUCGCAUGUGGUUUUAAAUAAAAAGCUAAUUAAGGGUAUAAUAAUUAAAUACCCUGCCCUGAGUGCACUUUCGAUGUUGACAGAGUCAAGCAAACAGGAGUCAACCCCGGUGACUCCGACUCAUUCAGCUGAUUCUCAUCGUCCUAUUAUAAAGUCAAGGAGAAAGGGAAUAUUGUCAAAAAUAGGCAAAUCUUCAAACAAAAAGACAGCAAACACUAAAAUCGAAAUGGAAACUGAAUCUUUUUUGACUGAAAAAACAGAUUCAAGUGAUUUCUCCAAUGUCAGUCCCCAGGAGAAGAAUAGACGAGGACCAAGAUUACAGUUGAAAAUAAAUAAAAAGAAGAAAUAUACAUUGACAACUACAUAACCUUUUUUUAUUGAAUAAAA